UGUUGUUCAACAUUUUUUUUAAAAUGGCUAUCAUCAAGUUUAGUUUAUUGAUUUUUACAAUUCUUGCUUUUAAUCUUUGCCUACGAAUUGUGUCUACGAAGGUUCGUGGUACGAAAUUAACCAAAAUCGAAUGUGAGUCUUUCGAUACUACUGUUGUUCGACCCAUCACUUGCCAGGUUGUUAGAAAAAAUAACAAUUGUUCUAUAUUUGAUUUUCAUUUGGGGGUUAUGCAGAAACUCAAUGGCAUUGUGAUUACUGUCAAACUAUAUCGCAAGACCAACAGGAAAUUUCAACCCUUUCUUUUUGAAGAUGUUUUGGAUCUUUGCAGUCUUUUAAGCAAUGGUCUUACGUCGCGACAUUUAUUCUGGGGAACUUAUUAUGAGAAAUUUAGAAAGAUCAGCAAUAUAAAUCAUUCAUGUCCUUAUGAGCAUGAUAUUAUUAUCCAAAAUAUGCGAGUUGAUGAUGAUUUGUUCCAAAUUAUUUCCCAUGCCCAAGGGAGAGUACAUGAUACAAUGGAUUUUAACAAUGAAUAAUGUGAAAUCUAUAAAGACUCUUUUGUAUUGUAUUCGAGUUUGAAGGAAAGACGUAUGGACGUAUAAAGAAAUUUUAGUUUUAUGGUAGAACCUUCAACAUUAA